AUGGCAGCCCCACAGGAGGACGAGCGCUUGGUCCUCCUCGAGAGCUUGGCCACGGCGCUGCUGCGUGUGCGGCCGGACAAGUGGGCCAAGUUUGCGGCCAGCGAGGAGACUUCAGUCAUGCUGGACAAGUUCUUCAAGCAGCCAGAAAUGCUGGAGCUGGGCAAGGGAAUCUACUGCGUGAAGAGAAAGGGGGAGAACAUCACUGGGGAGAACUGUCGGAGUGCUCUGCUGGUGGGAGACAUCGGCCCCUCACCCGUGGAGCAGCUCAUCACCGUGCUGCUGGAGGUUGUGUCCCCUCUGCUCCUGAGCCAGGAUGAGGGGGUGGGCUGGCCCAGGAUUGUGGUGGAGGACGUCGUGCGCCACACUCAUCAGCUGCAGAACAAGAUGUUCAUGAUGACUGGGAAGAUCCAGGGAAAGCCACUGCUCCCGCUGCCCGAGCACCUGGUCAGCUGGGAGGACUCAGGCGCCGCCCUGGACUGCCUGGUGGGGCCCGUGGACGGUACAGUGCUGCACUCCAUCGAGACCGUGGUCAUCGAGUGGUUCCAGCAGGUCGAAGAGAUCUUCGGCCAGGACCCAGCGCAGCAGCUGCUGGAGGGGCUGCACCCCCUGCCCAGGGUCGAGUUUGACUUCUGGCAGACCAGGGUGACCAGCCUGGAGUGCAUCAGUGAGCAGGUGACGGUGCUGGCCAAGACGCUGGAGAAGGCUGACAGCUGCUACUGGCCGUCGCUGCAGAACAUGUUCAGGGCCGUCAACGGUGGUCUGGAGGAAGCCAAUGAUGUCAACCUCCACCUGCAACCGCUGCAGGGGCUGCUGGAGGACAUGGAGCAAAUGGAAUACUCCGAGCUGCGGCCCUUCGUGCCCAAGGUGCUCUGCACCAUCUGCCUGCUCCGGGCUCACUGCGCGCACUACCACUCGCCUGCCCACAUAGCCCGUAUCCUGCAGGAGACCUGCAACUUCUUCAUCAGCCUGACCUAUAAAUUCCUGAACCCGGAGGACAUGCUGAAAGGGCUGCAAGGAGAGCCCCAGGAGACCCUGGAGGGACUCAAACAAGCCAUCGCCAUCACAGAGAAGUUCUUCCAGUCCUACAGCACUUACUGCUCUGACCUAACACCCACAUUCUUGCCGGAGCAGCCAGAGCUCUGGCAGUUUCCCCCCACGCAGAUCUUUGCGAGGAUGGAUGCCUUCUUGCACAGGCUCAAGGCCAUCAAGGAGCUGUUCCAGGUAGCCAUCGACUUCCAGAGGCUGGAGAAGACGGUGCUGGGAGGGGUGCGAGGAAACUUCCUCGGGACCUGGGUGCUGAGGAUCUCUGAGGAGAUCUGUGAAGCCACCAAGGCUUUUGCUGAGUGCAAAUACGAUCCCUUGGAUCCCGAUGAAGAGGAAUGGAACACAGACUUUGCAGAGUUCCAGAAGAAGGUUGAGGAUGCAAACAAGCAGCUGGCUGCCAUUUUCUGCCAGGGCUUUGAUGACUGUAACCGCCUGCCAGCUGCCGUGAAGGUACCUGUGCCCCAGCUCAGCAGCCUGGCACGCAGCUCCCACGGGACCCGGGGCUCUCGCCCUUCCCGGGACUGCUCCAGGGCGCAGGAACCUGUGCCUGCCUCUGUCUCCUGCAGCUGGUGCACAUGUUUGCCUCCGUGCUGGAGCGGCCCCUGAUCAAGGCUGAGGCUUCCCCCUGCUACCUGGCCCUGCUGGGGAUGUUCGAGGCGGAGCUGGAGAGCGUGAAGAUGCUGUAUGACACCCGGUUCGUGUCCCCACCGCCGCCCGCGGGGGGCCCAGCCAUCCA